AUGCAGAAUUCAAAACGGGAUGUCUACUUAGGAGCUUACCUAAAUGGUGCACACUGGCAAAUGGUCGUCAUUUUGCCUAAGGAAAAUCUUGUUGUCUGGUUUUGUUCCUUGCAUGAUAGGCCAAGCAACUACCUUAAAGGAAUAAUUAACAUUGCUUUGAAAGGACUUGACGAUACUCCAGAACCUAAAUCCAAGGUUGGUGCUAGGUGGAUUGUUGUUAAAUGUAAUAGACAAAAAGGAAGCACUGAGUGUGGCUAUUACGUGAUGCACUGGAUGUCCACUAUAAUCUUAGGAACUUUUAGGAAUAAUUGGGAAACGUAUUUUAAUGAUGUUAGACCAUUGGAAGCAGAGAAAUUGAAGGCGCUUCACAUCCAGUGGAUUGAUGAUAAAGGAAAUAGAGAGGAACUAAAUGAGACUGAAGAGAAUACCACUCCUCAAGGUGUUCAGUUGCCUAAACUACCACCAAACAAGAAGGCAAUUGAUGUUAAAUGGGUUUUUAAGCUUAAAUUGAAUCUUGGUGGAUCUAUAGCAAGACAUAAGGUGAAGAAUGAAUUUGAAAUGAUAGAUCUGGGCAAAUUGGCUUAUUUCUUGGGAAUGGAGUUUGUGACAGUCCCAAGUGGGAUCAUUCUGGAUCAGAAGAAGUAUGCAAUGGAUGUCUUGAAGAGGUUCACACUGAAAUUGGAUAAUACAAGUGAAGAUGAUGAGCUUGUUGAUCCAACUUUGUUCAAGUAG